AUGGCCGAAACCCCAAUCGAACAGGGAGAUCGCAGACCAGGCAUCACUGUCAACCACAUACCGUUACAUUUGCAGCGGGAUUCGCGAAUCAAAGACUCGCUCAGCGACAAGCCCUUGGCCGCAACUCAGUCCGGAAACGAGAGCCAAAGUCUCUCCGUCACCUUUGGCCAACGGAAACACUUCCCUGAGAGCCUACACUUUCCGCCGAAUACAUUUCGCCUGCGCUCAAGAACGGCAUCGACGAGGAGCAGCAUCUCGUCUGCAAACGUGCCCGACUCUGCCACUACCUACUCGCACUCGACGCUGGCCAGCCCCAUCAGCACGAGUUACGCCAGCGAUCUCAGCGACAUCUUCUGCGGCUACCCUGCCGACGCUUCGCGCCCCUCCAGCCGGGUAUUUCAUCGGCACCGAUCCUCCACGGGAUCUUGUUCAACUCACGUCAAUGACGAUGACGACGCCUUCGCUUUUGCAGGAUACCCAGACCUCAGCGCGAAGCUAGGGGAGAUUCACGUCUCUCCCAUCAAGGAGGAAGAGGAGAGUCCGACACCCGAAGACUCUCACGAGUGGCCCCAGCUAGAGACGGCUACUCUUGAAACCUCUACCUCGUCCAGGUGGGACACGGCAUCAUCUGCAUCAGAUGACGUUUCCUUUCAGGACACUGAGGCCAUUCUCGACUAUACUCUGCAACUGGUAUUUGGAAUCGAUCUUCAAGAGGAGGCGUCCAAGGUGACCCCGGCGGUGCGAAGCUUGGUUUGCAAGUUUGUCGGCGAUGUGGGCAGCUGUUUCUGGACUGCACCGUCAGACGCCGAUAUGACGCAAGCCAUGUCGACCUCAAGCAGCUCAUCGACGCCGUCUCAGGGCGGUAGCGGCGCUGGCGACUCUCAGUCCGGAGGCAAGAGAAAGAAGCAAGGCCGAGGGGAUGAGGAUGAAGGCGAAUUCAGCGACGGCGAGGGCCUGGGGUACAAUCCUUCCAAGAAAAUGCGACCGAACCCCAAGGAUGAGGAGAAUCUGCGCCUGAGCUGUCCUUAUAGAAAGAGGAACCCUUCGCGUUUCAAUGUCAGGGACCACCAUAGCUGUGCCAUGACAUACUUUCCCAAGUUUGCUGAGCUGAGGCAGCACAUUGUCAAACAGCACAAACGAGAUGACCCGUCCGCGUUCGUUUGCGACAGAUGCAACCGCGAUUUCCACACCCGCAAAGAGCUUCGCGAUCACCAGCGCCUGCCUAAGGAGAUGAUGUGCGACAUUCUGGACCACGAUCCCGAGUCUGGCGUGGACGGAACUACCUCGAUCAAGCUGUUGUCUCGCAAAAGGGUCAGCGGCGCUUCUCCCGAGGCACAGUGGAAGGAGAUUUGGAACAUUCUCUUUCCAGACGAUGAGGACCACCAGAUCCAUCAAUACCAUUUUACGCCCGUCAUUGAGCACUUUGAGCUCUCCAAUUACUACAUGUCCUCGUUCGAGGCCUUGCAUUCUUCGCUGCGCGACAAGAUUUCGAAUCCUCAGACGCUGGAGACGCUGACAACCAAGUUCCAUCAGUGCUUCAUAGAGGCCGUGGAACGAUGCAUCGGCGCCGCUCAGAGCAUGCCCUACGCGAAUCGCAGCAACAAGAGAAGCGAGCCACCUCGAGCACAGAACUUCCAGACCAUGGUACCUCGAAAGGGGAGAGAUAUACUCCCCCGCCCCGAUUCUGGGGUGGUCAUGAUGAGUGACGAGUGCUCGGAGGAAAGCAACAGCAUCAGAAACUCUGCCCUCAGCGGCCCUCGAGACAAUGUGCGGACCGUUAUCAAGGAGGAUAUCCGAAGGCGCGGGAGCAACCUGGCCCUCGAUCCCCCGGCACUGCCUACGCCGUCGGCAGUGGCAAUGAUGGACCAUAGCUUCUCAAGUCACAUGUCGUUUAUGCCUCCGAUGGGCGUCAGCGGCUCGAUGAACCCUGUAGCUGUCCAGUCCUGGAACAACAACGUGGCGGACCCCAAUGAUGGAGACAUUGGCAACAGCUUUCCGAUGACGGACCACUUCUAUGCCCCCGGGGAGCUCACACCACAUGGAGACUUGGGGAACUGGGACGAAGGGUAUUAUCAGUCGUUUCAGGGCUUGGGCGAUCGAUUCCACGGCUUUGGCGGGGGGCUGAACUGA